AUGAUUUCUUCUUAAUUAAAACUAUAUAAUAGGAAAUGUUAUGCAGCCAAAAAGGAAGUACAACAUUUUUCAUAAAUAGCAUUUUCUGUAUGAUUUUUUAGAUUAAGCAUUCCACAAUACUUCUCUGAUAAAAGGCAGUAAUAUAUUCCGAAAAUGCAGCCUAUUAUUAAUAAAAUGAAAAAGUGCAGUUUUAUUAUGGAGAAAUAUAAGGGAAUACUAAUUCCAUAGUCUCCUGCAAAAAUACUAUACAUAUCACAAGUAAAUAUAUUGUAUCUAUAUCUUCUAAUCAUUUAUCCACAACAAUUACAAUUUAUUAUUUUAGGAUUUUCCUUAAGAAAUUUUUUGUUAGGAUGAAUAUAAAAACUCUAAGAAUGAAUAA